AUGACGUCACAUUCAGCGCGAGCCUUCUGGAACCAUCCCGCAGGACCCAAAACUAUUUUCUUUUGGGCCCCGACGAUGAAGUGGGGCAUCACGGCAGCGAAUGUUAAAGAUUUUAAUCGACCUCCUGAGCUCCUCUCUGUUCCGCAGCAGUCUGCCGUUGCGCUCACUGGUCUCAUCUGGUGCAAGUACAGCCUGGACAUUAUUCCAAAGAACUAUAAUCUGCUUAGUGUGAACGUCGUAAUGGCUGCAACGGGGCUUUACCAACUUUAUCGAAGAAUGCGUUUCGAUGGCCUCGCUGGGAAAAGGAAGACAUGUUAG